UGUUCAUCCUGGGGGUAUGUAAACACUAAUAUAUUGCUACACACAUGUUUAGAAACAUGUGGACAGGCUGUUGUCAUUCUCAGCUGUAAUAAUUAGCAACGGUUACCACAAGGCAGUGUUGGGGAGAGACCGCCAGCCCUCCACAGCGGACUGCGCCAUCCGUUUCCUAAGUUAAGCCAACCGCCAAGAGGACUACUCAUUCAGAUGUUUCCAACCUUAGCAUCAUCAUAAGGCGCCGGCAGGCGAGUGAGUGUUGACAACCUAUGAUACUCAGCCAUGGCCCUUCAGGGAGUGAUUCUCUAUCUAUUAGUCCUGUUUCCAGCUGCCCUCCUCAUCGAAGACUCGCCAAACAGCCAUCCUUAUGGCCCGCCCAUAACUUGUGGACGAAUUAGCAGUGAGAAACUGUUGCGCAAGAAAUCCAGCAACAGUAUUUGCUGUGGAGACGAACAGUACAGCCCUGACACCCACUGCUGCUGCUUGGACGGGGCGUUCCGUACCGAAGCCCGGGACUGCUCCCUCUGCUGUGAACAAGACAAGAACCAAGCAGCUCCCAUAGGUGAUCUCGCUCUGUUUGAAUCUAAUGUAUCCAAAGAUGACAGUCACAACAUUGUGCGUCAACCGUGCCAUCCUUCCACAGCCUGCUGUGGCCAACAGGCCUUCGACCCCAGCUCCGCCGUCUUCUGUGGACUGACGAUCCUGGUCCACCCGCUCCGAUGCUGUGGAGGAGGGGCCUACCACACCAACACCCAGCUGUGCUGUGGACCCCUGGGCAGAGAGAAGAUCCUCUCCAAGAAACACGAGGAGAACAUUUGCUGUGGAGACGCCCAGUACAACAAUGGGACCCACGAGUGCUUGGGAGACCCUCGUAGAGUCAAGGAGCGCCCAGUGUCCCCUGGGACGUGCUCAGACCGGGCGUCCAUCCCCAGGCCAGCAGAGUACAGAGGGAUUGAGAUCUCCUUCCAGAGCUCUGGUCAGGGGCUCUACAACCCCAACACCCAGCUGUGCUGUGGACCCCUGGGCAGAAGGAAGAUCCUCUCCAAGAAACACGAGGAGAACAAUUGCUGUGGAGACGCCCAGUACAACAAUGGGACCCACGAGUGCUUGGGAGACCCUCCUAGCGUCAAAGAGCGCCCAGUGUCCCCUGGGACGCGCUCAGACCGGGCGUCCAUCCCCAGGCCAGCAGACUCCUCAGCUCUUCCGGUAUCCUCAGUCAUGGCAGAACAACUCGCCCCAUCCACUGUAAAUUUACCCGUCGCUGAGCCUGGGGGCCGGCCUCGGGUUAGGGUUAGCGGACGCGGACCUGCGGACCCCCCUGACAGCAGGGGGACGGGCCCUGCUCCGUCCUCCCCCAGUCCCCGGACUACGCUGAGGGGGAUGCUGUUCAGGUCAGGCCGCAGAUGACCUUUGAGCCGCGACAGGUUCUAUUCCCACACGGUGUGGGAAUUGACUCAAUGAAUCAAUUAUUGGAAGGGACCAACUAAUGUCGUCUGGACUAAGCUAGACCAAACUGGACUUGGGUUACGUUAAUGUAACCCAAGUCCAGUUUGCAAAAACCUAUCUGAUACUGUAGAGAAACCUUGAAGUUGAGUAAAUAGUUAUCCAUGUACUGUUUUUUUAAAUAAGUCAUUUUUUUUAGACAAUGAAGGUGAAUCACAAUCUACCUGUUAGGGUUACUACUACUGCUACUGCAUUGCAAAAGUCAGUCCGUCUCCGUUGCAUCGAGUGAUAGUUAAAAAAUAUUGGAUGCGCACGUAGAGCUACAGAGAGGGUCUCGGAGAGGGUCUCAGACAGGCUCUCCGGCUGCGGAGAGGGCAAUCCGUGUCUACGUACAGCACUUUACGGAGGAGUAUGAAACCAGCCUUGAGGACUACUACUACUGAGAAUGUAGUGUUACGUCGGUAACGCCGUCUUACUAUUGUUUAUUAUUGAACUAAAUACCUGUGGUGUGUGCCCAACCCUUCAGCCAUUCAAUUAUUUGGAGUAUUGACUGAUUAAUUAUUGUUAUUAGGAUAAUUAUUCUUUUUUGUUUUGUAUAUUUUUUGUUUUAAUAUAUUAGCAAUGAUCUCAAUAAACGGCAACGUGACACCUAUA